UGUUUUUCUUACACACACUGAGAAAGGCCAUUAGUUUUUUGUGUGUCAGUGUUCAAUUUUUUUCUCUACCUCUUUUCUUCUAAUUCAGGCAACCCCAGUACCCACGUUCUCUCUGAUUCAUCGAUUACCCCACUACGGUUUCUCUCUUCUUCUUCUUCUUCUUCUUCUUCUUCUUCUUCUUUAGCUUUCCCACACCAUAUUUAUUGCUCUCAUUUUCACCCACCACUGUCUCUUCAGCUCUCUCAGACUCUGCUUUCUCCUGAUUCGACCUCUAUAUCUAAUUAUCUCUGACUUUGUUUGGGUUUUUACCGAGUUGGGUGGUUGUUGAUCUCUGAAAAGGAGGUGGUGUUUGCUCAGAUUUAGAGGGAGGGCAUUUGACUCUGGAGGUGAAGGUCUUGAAUUUUGAUGUGGGUUUUGUUUGCUGCUUCAGAAUCUGAAUUGGGUCUGAAACAUUCUAGAUCUCUGAAACAGAGCACCCAUUGCAAGAUUGGAUCUUCACACAAGUUGUAUUAUUGAGGGCAUGAGCCCUCUUCUGUGUUUGGAUCACUUGGUAGCAGUUGCGGUCAAUUUGUAGUUUGAAGAGUGAGGAUUGCGUAAGAUGGUCUGAAGGCCAGAUACACUCACACACACAUUACGCAUUUGUCAAAAGCAAAAUGUCAGGCAAGAUGAUCAACAGACCGUUGCUGCUGACCUAUUUUUACCUACUGAUCUACGUUCUGCUUUCAUCUGGAGUUAUAUUAUACAACAAGUGGGUUCUGUCUCCGAAAUACUUCAAUUUCCCAUUGCCUAUAACACUUACGAUGAUUCAUAUGGGGUUUUCUGGACUGGUAGCAUUUUUUCUUGUUCGUGUUUUCAAGGUUGUAGCUCCUGUCAAAAUGACAUUCGAAAUAUACGCAACAUGUGUAAUACCCAUAAGUGCCUUCUUUGCUUCAAGUCUUUGGUUUGGAAACACUGCUUACUUGCAUAUCUCUGUGGCUUUCAUCCAAAUGCUCAAAGCUCUAAUGCCUGUGGCUACGUUUAUCAUGGCUGUUUUAUGUGGCACUGAUAAACCAAGGUGCGACGUGUUCUCAAACAUGUUGCUGGUCAGUGUUGGAGUUGUCGUUUCCUCGUACGGGGAGAUUCAUUUUAACGUAGUUGGUACACUUUACCAGGUUACGGGCAUCUUUGCGGAAGCCCUAAGGCUGGUCUUAACACAAGUCCUUCUGCAGAAGAAGGGUUUGACUUUAAAUCCAAUCACCAGCUUGUACUAUAUAGCUCCAUGCAGUUUUGUAUUCCUGUCUGUGCCUUGGUUAUUACUUGAGAAGCCAACAAUGGAAGUUUCACAAAUUCAGUUCAACUUCUGGAUCUUUUUCUCGAAUGCUCUAUGUGCUUUGGCUUUGAACUUCUCCAUAUUCUUAGUAAUUGGUCGAACUGGAGCAGUUACCAUCCGAGUUGCUGGUGUUUUAAAAGACUGGAUUUUGAUUGCCCUGUCAACUGUCAUAUUUCCAGAGUCUAUCAUAACCAGGCUGAACAUAAUUGGUUAUGCAAUAGCAUUGUGUGGUGUUGUCAUGUACAACUACAUAAAGGUUAAGGAUGUACGUGCAACUGCAACUCAGCUGCCUAUUGACACUAUUCCAGAGAGAAUAUCGAAGGAUUGGAAGAUGGAGAAAAAGUCUUCUGAUAUCUAUGUGCCUAAUAAUGGAGGGGGUUUAUCUUCUGAUAUGAAUGUGGAUGAAGAAACACCCCUAACUCAAUCAUCCAGGUUGUCUCAUGUGGGACGCUCAUCAAUUGGCAGCCAUGGUGCAUGACUCACGAAGCCUGAAGAUUGAUGUUUGGAAAAGGAAAUCCGAAGUCAGAGUAUGAGGCUCUUUUUGCACUUUAGACCCUUUAUUCUUCCAGUGAAGAUUUGACACGGAUUUUGCAGGGGCAAUUCAUUGUGUUGCAUUCAUUUAUAGGAAAUGUAUGCAUGAUUUGCCCGUUCAAAUUUCCAGUUGGUAGCUUAGGACUUGCGGGUUAAGAAGCUCGCCAUUAAUUUGUCAAGACAUAAAACCUAGGGUCUUGACAAAUGAUACAGUUUUCUACGCACAGCCAAGUAGAAAUCAGACAUUUAACCUGCGGUACCUUUUUUUUUUUUUUUUUCAUUUUUCUUUUUCUUGGUUGAAUUUGGUCAUGAAUGGUAAAUUAUGUAGUCCUACAGUUUACAGGAUGAUUGAUGGUUAAAUCAGUUAUAUGAAAAUUAUAUUCUUUGCUUGAA